AUGGCAUUUGGACAUGGUCACGCAAGGAUCAUAAAACUAGUUAUUUGGUCAAAGGAAAGGGGAACGGAGCAGCUUCAAGUUCAGUUGCAGAUCAGUCAGGGAGACAGCUCCGACCAGUUCCGUUCGGACCAGACCCACUUCAUCACGACAGCAUCCCAACUACAAGCCCAUGAUGAUAUUAUUGCUCAACUCUCUUAA